AUCUCUAUUUAUAACAUGCUAUGUCACGAAUGGCGCAGUCAUUCGUUCUCGGACGUGCUGAUCACGAUGGAGUCGUCGUCCUUUCUGUCGUCGUUAUUCUCGUCGCCCUUUGCGAUUUUGUUGACCACUUUGGUCACAAUCGGUGUGCUGAAGGCCAUUUCUUAUCUGUACUAUCAGAAUACGUACUGGAAGAAACGGGGUGCCCCUUACAUACGUAUGAUUCAGGGCAUGGAAAUGUCCUGGAAAGUGUUUCUGCGACGCAUAAGCAUCGUCGAGUUCAGCCAGUUUAUCUACAACUAUAUGCCGGACGCCAAGUACAUCGGCUCCAUGGACAUGGCCACUUCUAUCGUCAUCCUGCGCGACCCUGAACUGAUUAGAGAUGUAAUGGUGAAAGACUUCGAGCACUUCACGGACCACCGCACCUUUGCGAGUGAAGAAGUAGACCCGUUGUUCAGUAAGAACGUCUUCUCCUUGCGCGGUAACCGCUGGAAAGAGAUGAGAAACACGCUGAGUCCUUCCUUCACCGCUAGUAAGAUGAAGGCCAUGUUUGAGCUAGUGUCCAAGUGUUCCUGCGAGUUCGUCGAAUAUCUGGUAGAUCAUCCAGAGCUGUGUUCCUCCAUCGACACGAAAGAGGCUUUCAGGCGGUAUACCACAGACGUGAUCGCCACAUCGGCCUUCGGCAUUAGUGUCAACUCUAUGAAAGACCGGGAAAACGAAUUUUUCAUCAGGGGACUCGAGGCUUCCCAGUUCGGUAACUUCAAGUCCAUGCUAAAGUUCACAUUUCUUCGUGCCUUUCCGCGAUUGGGAAGGAAGUUGGGCAUAAGCAUUUUCCCGUUGGCCACGUCGCAGUUCUUUAAGAAGAUCGUAGCAGAGACCAUCAGAGUCAGAAAAGAACAAGGUAUCGUCCGGCCAGACAUGAUUCAUUUGCUAAUGCAAGCUCAAGACAAGGAAGGUCCCAGUGUGCAUGAGAUGACGCUAGACGACAUCGUCGCGCAGGCCUUCAUCUUCUUCUUUGCCGGCUUCGAGACGUCGUCGACCCUCUUGUGCUUCAUCGCCCAUGAGCUCGCGGUGCAUCAGGACAUCCAAGACCGCCUAUGGAAGGAGGUGGAGGAGCACUUCGCCGAGGGUAACGGCGAGAUCACCUACGAUGCAAUGUCGAAGAUGGUUUACAUGGACAUGGUAGUGUCGGAGGCUCUGCGGAAGUAUCCGCCGAUGUUGUUCAUCGACAGGCUCUGUGUCAAGAAAUACGAGCUUCCGCCGGCGAAGGCCGGUUAUAAGAGCAUCGUCGUCGAGCCUGACUGCGUGGUGAUGGCAUUUGCUUAUUCACUACACCAUGACCCUAAAUACUUCCCGAACCCCUCCAUGUUCGACCCCGAGAGGUUCAGCGACGAGAACAAGGACAACAUCGUGCCGUACACGUAUGUGCCGUUCGGCCUCGGGCCCAGGAAGUGCAUCGGCAAUCGCUUCGCCCUCAUGGAGACGAAGCUGUUGGUAGCUCAUCUUCUUCAGAAAUUCGUCUUCAAGACUACAGAGAAGACUGUCGAGCCGGUCGUCUUCAGCAAGAAGCAGUUCUUCUUGCAGCCUGAUGGUGGAUUUUGGCUUGCCUUGGAGAAGAGGCAGAAAUGAAACCGAAUAUCGUAGGAGGGAAGGAUAGUGUCUUGUAUAGAUUUAGUCAUUCUAUAAUUAAGACAUUCAAUGUGCGUGUAUUAAUAAGACAGCUGUUAGGAGUAAUCGGAAUCCGCGAGGCUUGUUUUAUUACGACAUGAAGGUCAAGCAUUUUCUCAUGUGUGAUAGCGAUAAACACUCCUCAUAUUCCCUUGCUACCGACUUGUACUUAUAUGAAAUUAACAAUUGAAUGCCAUUGUUACUGUUUUAUGUUUUUUGUAAUAUUAAUUUUGUAUCGUAUAUAUAUUUUUUGUAUGUUUAAUAUAUGUUUUAUAUUGUAUAUAAUAAUUAAUUAUUGCAGUAUAUGAAAUAUAUUGUCGCCAACGAAUAAUCGUGUGAUAACAAUAAAACAUUCACUAUGCCACCAACAUCUGUUUUUCUGAAAAGGUUAUAAAUUUUGGAGGUAAUCAACAAACAAUAAACUUUGUGCGUUUAUUUA